AUGAAGCUGACAGUUAAGACAUUAACCGGCAAAGAGAUACCGGUUGUGGUUGACCCGGAUGACAAGGUUUAUCGCAUUAAAGAGUACUUAGAGGAGAAAGAAGGUAUUCCUCCAACUCAACAGAGACUAAUUUUUCAGGGCAAGCAAAUUGAUGAUGAUAAAUCUGUUUCUUCUGCCAACCUAAGUUCGGGAAUGCAAUUGCAUCUCGUUCUAACUCUGCGCGGCGGUUUUUGA